AUGAAUGAUGUCGCGAGCACGACAAGUGAGGUUCAAAUUCUCAUUCGGAUUCCAACGAAAUCUCAACAGAUGUAUGGGAAUUUAUUAGUAGCAUCAGGUUUAACCAUUGUUGGUGGUUAUAUGUUGUUCACUGGUUCAGGUGAAUCGUUCAAUGUUGGACAAUUCCUUGAAACCACGUCGCCUUAUAUGUGGGCAUCUUUAGGUAUCGCCAGUUGUAUUGGAUUUUCAGUUGUAGGAGCAGCUUGGGGGAUUUUUAUAACUGGUUCAACUAUUUUAGGUGCUGGGGUUAAAGCUCCAAGAAUUACUACCAAGAAUUUAAUCUCCAUUAUUUUCUGUGAAGUUGUGGCCAUUUAUGGUUUAAUUAUGGCCAUUGUAUUUUCAUCAAAAUUAACUGCAGUUCCAUCAUCACAAUUAUUCACUAAAGAGAACUUGUAUACUGGUUAUUCAUUGUUUUGGGCAGGUUUAACUGUUGGUAUUUCCAAUUUAAUUUGUGGUGUAUCAGUUGGUAUUACUGGUUCAACUGCUGCUAUCUCUGAUGCUGCAGAUUCUUCAUUAUUCGUUAAAAUUUUAGUUGUAGAAAUUUUUGGUUCCGUUUUAGGAUUAUUUGGUUUAAUUGUUGGUUUAUUAAUGGCUGGUAAAGCUGGUGAAUUCAAAUAA